AUGGGCCCGCGCCGGAGAAAGCCCGAAACACCAAGGAGGCGCCCCGCGAGCCCGGCUCCCGCUGCACGCCGGCCGGCCCCGUCCUUAGGCACGUCCUCCCGUUCACCUGCUCGCCGGCGAUAUAGAAUCCUGAAGGAGAUCCGAACUCUUCAGAAGACCACACACCUGCUGUUAAGAAAGACCCCCUUCUGCCGCCUGGCAAGAGAAAUAUGUGUUCAAUUCACUCGUGGUGUGGACUUCAAUUGGCAAGCCCAGGCCCUGUUGGCCCUACAAGAGGCAGCAGAAGCGUUUCUAGUUCAUCUCUUCGAGGAUGCCUAUCUCCUCUCCUUACACGCCGGCCGCGUCACACUCUUCCCGAAGGAUGUGCAGCUGGCCCGGAGGAUCCGAGGCAUUCAGGAAGGGCUUGGCUGAGCUCUGGCCACCCGCCCAAGUCUCUGGUUGAUACCAGAGCCUCUGCCUGUAGCCAGGACCAGAUCCACGGAGUACAAGGUGUUGCCUGGACUUGCUCUCUUGAAGCAGAGCGUGUGAGUUGCUUUCGUAGUUAGUUUUUUUUUAGAAGAAGACUGCAUGGCUUUCCUCUGUAACAGAGGUAAUAUAUGAGAGAAGCAACACAUUCCAGAAAUCCUGAGAAUAAUUUUCAGAUGAAGAGACUCUAAGGUUGACUUCACUUUGCAAAUUAUUCAUGUGACUGAUGAUUUGGAAGACAUCAGAUUUUCUAGGUCAUGGGCAAAAAGGAUAUUCACUGAUUAUUUUAAAUCUUCUUGUACCAUUUAAAUUUUUUACCAUAUAUAUAUUUACUUUUAUUUAAAACAUGAUGGAAAAAAUAAGAGAAGACCAGUCAUUUGCAUGGAAUAGCCUGGCGCAUCCAGCAUA